CUUUUUAAAAAAAAACAUACAGAAUUCCUUGGCGUUAUCAACAUAAGAGAACAAAAGUAGGGAAGUUAUUGCCAGACUUUGAUAAAAGACAGGUUGAGCCCCAGACAGAUUAUGGUGUCUAGUUCAGGACCCUGCACUUUAGGAAGGAUGUUAAGACCCAGGACCGGGUGCAGAACAGAUUUACUAGAAAAGUGCCAGUGUUACAGGUGCAAAGUUAUGUGAAGCUGGGGUCAUUCUCCUUCAGGCAGGAAGUAAUGGGGAGAAUUGAUAACGGCGUUCAAAAUCAUUUUCACGGAGUAAAUAAGGAGGAGUUGUCUUUGGUGACAAGAAUGUUGCUAACCAGAGAACUUGGGUUUAAGGAGGAGACGUGCAGAAGUCAGAACCUUCACUCUUUGAUAACCUACCAGACCCAAGCAGCCCAGACAUUGCCCCUGGGGAGAGAUUUUUCAGCUAUAUAACACUGGAAUGAUGUACUGUUACUUACAGAUCUGUCACAGGGAUGAUAGUGAUGGGAGCAAUUUGAGCACCUUGUGUACCUGAUCUGUUUGGGGAGCUUCCAGAAGCGAAAAAUGACCUGAAGGGAGAGAAACGCAAAUUGACGGAUCAGAAUGGAUCCAAAGGACAUGAGGAGAAGAAGCUUUGCAAAGGUAUCGUAGCUAAAUGGGCAGAGUGAGAAAAGGACUAACAGCAGGAUUUGUCACCUUAAAGGGUUAUGUCGCAGAGAGAAAGGGCGAACGAGAGGAAAUGCAGGAUGCGCAUGUUAUAAUUGACGAUUUUACGUUGAGCUUCACGCGGUUGCCAUCAGAAAUCUCUCGAUUGUCAUACUUUGCUGUUUUUGAUGGCCAUGGUGGAAUACGAGCAUCCAAGUACGCAGCGCAGAACCUUCACCUCAAUCUGGCCAGGAACUUUCCCAAAGGAGAAGUGAAUAGUAUAGAGAAGACCAUUAAGAAGUGCCUUCUAAUGACCUUCAAGCAGACGGAUGAGGGCUUUCUCAAGCAGGCAUCAAGCCAGAAACCUGCCUGGAAAGAUGGAUCGACUGCUACGUGUGUUCUGCUGGUGGACAAAGAUUUAUACGUUGCAAAUCUUGGUGACAGCAGGGCCAUUCUUUGUCGCAUGAAUGAGGCAAGCAAGAAACUAACAGCCCUGCCACUGGCAAAGGAACAUAAUCCCACCCAGUACGACGAGAGAAUGAGAAUUCAGAAAGCAGGAGGUACAGUUAGAGAUGGUCGAGUGAUGGGUGUGCUGGAGGUGUCACGCUCGAUUGGAGAUGGCCAGUACAAACACUGUGGCGUGAUAUCAAUACCAGACAUUAAGCGUUGUCAGUUAACGCUGAAUGACAGAUUUAUUCUUCUUGCUUGUGAUGGAUUAUUUAAAGUGUUCUCCCCGGAGGAAGCUGUCCUCUUCAUUUCAGCAAUACUCGAGGACAAGACUCUGAUUGCAAGGCCAGGGAAGGCGGUGCAGGAUGUGCAGUUUGAAGCUGCCUGUAACAGAUUGGCCAGUGAGGCGGUCCGCCGGGGCUCUGCUGAUAAUGUCACCAUCAUUCUGGUAGCCAUCACACACUGACACGAGGAACUCGCCUCACUGAGAAUAUCUCUCGGGUUAAUACAGGUGUCCAGGAGGGAUUGCUGACUUUGGAAAGAGAUGAAACAACCUCAGGCCCUUCAGAAACUCGAAAGUGAAAUGUUUAUCUUGAAUUACUUGCCUGCUGUCAUCUGAUCCUGUAGAAUUGCCACCCUGCCACUGACUGACACUUAUAAAUGUAAAUCUCCAUGCAGCCGAUAGUAGCAGAGAUCCGCUUUUUAUUGGGGCUCCAUUGACCUGAUGGUGGAACUGCUACCUCCUCUGCUUAGUGAGCCACACUAACUCUAACGAAUUUGACCCCACUACUCGAGUACCUGGGAGCAUAGAACUGACUUGGCAUCAUUUCUCUGGGCCUGCUGGUGUUCAGAUGCUUGGCAUAUGCAUGAAUGGAAGGGACAUAUGGGAAAGACUGGUCUCAGCCUGCGGCAAACCAGUGGUUGGUUCAAGUAAUAAAAUCUGGAUUCAAAUGCAAGCGAAGGGGUUUUGUCAUCCUCUCCUUGGACCCAAACUGCAAUGUGUUGAAAUCUCUAAUGAGUUGAAGGUUCUGUUUUAUGUGCUUUAUUAUUGUCACUUUGUUCAUUCGUGCUGGUGUUGAGGUCUGUGUUUUGGUUGGAUUCUGGUUAAAAGUUGUUUCUUUUUCAAAUUCUGGCUGUACCAGCUCAUUUCAAUAGAAGCACUGACACCUUGUUUCCUCUCCCAACACCUAGUGAGAGUUCCUAUCCAGUGCCUCCUCUUGCAGAAGCAGACGUGAAGGUACUUGCUCAUGUAAUAUAUGUUGAAGUAAAAUGAGAUAGGGAGGAGCAUCACUUCUUUGGGUGUUUUCAUAACCCACUUUUUUUUUUAAACAAAAACAAAUAUAUUUGGUGCAGUGAAGUUCUGUUUCUGUCUGCUUGCACAGGGCUGACUGCUCAACCUGUUUAGGACAGCUGUGUGACUUUUAACAUUGACAGUAAAGUUGCAGCCACGACAACAGAGCUACUGAGCUCCAAUUACUCCAGCCAUAUAGAAUCAUAGUACAGUGCAGGAGGAGGCCAUUCUGUUCUAUCAAGUCUGCACUGCCUCUUUUUGUAGAGCAAUCUAAUCACUCCCACUUCCUGGUUCUUGUCCCCACCUCCCUGCAGUUUUUCUCUCCAAGUUUUAUGCAUUUUCCCUCUGAAGGCUACUGUCAUAUUUGCAUCCACCACCCUAUCAGGCAGUGCAUUCCUAAUCCUAACCGCCUAUUGCAUGAAAAAAAUAAUUUCCUCUUGUCACUUCAGGUUCUUUUGCCUGUCACCUUAAAUGUGUCCUCUGGUUAUUAAACCUUCAGCUAUUGGAAA